ACACUACAAUUUACAACUAAUAAAUACACAAAAAGAAAAGAAAAAAAAAAAAAGAAGCAAAAUAGACCUCCAGCUUUUCUUAAAAAAGAUUUUCUUUUUCCGAAAAUUGAUGCCAUUUUCACAAGAUUUUGAGCAAAAUCGGUAAAACCCAGAUAUAAAAAUCGAUUCUUUGAUCAGGGUUUUCAGUCUAUUCAUCAAAUUAAUGUUGUUCAUGAGGUGGGUUCUUGUUCUUGUUCUUGAUCAAUGGGAAAUGUAACCUCAAACGUAGCUGCAAAGUUCGCAUUUUUCCCACCUGACCCACCGACAUAUGAUGUGUUUGAAGACGAUGUUGAUGGCGAAACAAGGCUUGUGUUUACAGGAAUUACAUUAGACAAGAAGGUUGAUGUUCAUAUGAUUGAUACAAAAGGCGGGAACAAAGUUGUUGCGACCUUCUGGAAACAUCCUUUGGGGAAGUUGACUGUUUUGUACUCGCAUGGUAAUGCUGCUGAUUUGGGUCAAAUGAGAGAACUGUUCAUUGAGCUUAGAGCUCACCUUAGAGUCAAUAUCAUGAGUUAUGACUAUUCGGGAUAUGGAGCUUCCACCGGCAAGCCAUCUGAACUGAAUACAUACUAUGACAUUGAGGCUGUCUACAAUUGUUUAAAGAACAACUAUGGAAUCAAGCAAGAAGACUUGAUCUUAUACGGUCAAUCCGUUGGCAGUGGGCCCACCUUGCACUUGGCUUCUCGACUACAACGAUUAAGAGGUGUUGUUCUGCAUAGCGCUAUUCUUUCAGGAAUACGCGUUCUCUAUCCUGUUAAAAUGACGUUCUGGUUCGACAUUUUCAAGAACAUUGACAAAGUACAGAAAGUCAACUGUCCGAUUCUAGUUAUACAUGGUACAAACGACGAUAUCGUUGAUUUCUCACAUGGGAAACGGUUAUGGGAACUUGCAAAAGACAAAUACGACCCGUUGUGGGUCGAAGGUGGCGGUCAUUCUAACCUCGAAAGUUUCCCAGAAUACAUAAAACACUUAUGCAAGUUCAUAAAAGCAAUGGAGAAGCUUUCCUCAAAGAUGAACAAGCAACGCCUUUCUUCGGUCCCAAGUAUCGAAGAAGUCAAACACAACCGGUGCUUGAUGUUUGGAAAAAACUGAAGAAGAAGAUGAUCGCGUUUUCUUUCUUUGUUACUUGCUAAUAAGGAAAUCUUGAUGGCCCGAAUCGAAUUAAAGUCAUGGUUUUUUUUUUUUAUCUGUUUUUAGAAGAAAUUUGGUAUUUAAUCUUGUUUAUGCUUGUGCAUUGAUUGUGUUGUAAUUAAAUUGUUGAUUUUUUUUUUUAUGCCAGAUGUUUAGAUUCAUUGUUUUUGUAAUGUAAAAUCAAAAUGUGAGGAUCAAAGGCUGGAAAAUCUUGAAUGAUUUGAUGAAAUGGGUAUGAUUUUUUUC